GUCCUGCCCCUGUGGGGGUGUGACCUAACGGCGAAGCAGAGCAGCAGCUGCGUUGCUCGGUUGCUAUCAUCGUCCAAGCUCCUUCACCGGCAGGACCGAGAGGGAAAUUCUCCUGAGAUUAACCCGAACAGAGAUUAUUCAGGAUGUCCAAGGAGCAGCAGGCGGUGGCUUGUGCCAGGAGAGCCUUUGAAACAGGCAGGUCCAAAUCUUUAGAGCACCGCAUCCGCCAGCUGAAGAACCUACAGCGGAUGUUCACUGAGAGACAGAAAGAGAUCGCAGAUGCCAUCAAGAAGGAUCUUAAUAAGAGCGAGGUGGGAACUCAGCUGUAUGAGACUCUGGGUCUGGAGGGGGAGAUCAGCCUGGCCAUCAGGAAGCUGAAGGAGUGGGCAGCACCUCGGUCCGUGGAGAAGAACCUGCUGACCCUCUCUGACACUGUCUACAUCAAGCCAGAGCCGCUGGGAGUGGUGCUGAUCAUCGGGGCCUGGAACUACCCCUGGGCCGUCACCAUCCAGCCGCUCAUCGGAGCCAUCGCUGCCGGUAAUGCAGCUGUGAUUAAGCCCUCUGAGGUCUGUGUUCACACUGCAAAGGCCAUGGAGGACCUGCUGCCAAUUUACAUCGACAAAGAGCUUUACCCUGUAGUAACCGGAGGAGUGCCAGAGACCCAGGAGCUGCUGCGCCAGCGGUUCGACCACAUCUUCUACACCGGCAACAGUGUGGUUGGCAAACUGAUCAUGGAGGCUGCUGCCAAAAACCUGACACCUGUCACCCUGGAACUGGGCGGAAAGAGCCCCUGCUACAUUGACAAGAACUGUGACAUAAGCAUAGCCUGCAGACGUGUCGCCUGGGGAAAGUACACUAACUGUGGUCAGACCUGCAUCGCCCCAGACUACAUCCUUUGCGAGCCAAGCAUCCAGGACCGGGUCAUCGAAGAGAUCAAGAAGUCCAUUAAGGAGUUCUACACAGACAACCCAAAGACCUGCACUGACUAUGGACGCAUCAUCAACCAGCGCCAUUUCAAGAGGAUAAUGGCCAUGUUGGAGGACAGCACCAUCGCUGUGGGAGGAGAGAAUGAUGAGUCAGACUGCUACAUAGCCCCCACAGUUCUGCGUGACGUGAAGCCGGAGGCGAAGGUGAUGCAGGAGGAGAUAUUUGGACCUCUUCUCCCCAUCUUGUCGGUCAGCGGCCUGGACGAAGCGAUCAAGUUUAUCAAUAAGGGAGAGAAACCUCUGGCCCUCUACGUCUUCACAUCAGAUGACAAGGUUAUAAAGAGAAUGGUAGAUGAGACCUCCAGUGGAGGACUGCUGGCCAACGACUGCCUCGUGCACUACUCUGUCAGCUCUCUGCCUUUUGGAGGAGUGGGGAACAGUGGCAUGGGUUGCUACCACGGCAAGUUCAGCUUCGACCAGCUGAGCCACCUGCGUAGUUGUCUCAUCAAACAGCUGAAGAUGGAGGGGGUGAACAGCAUGCGGUAUCCGCCUCACACACCCAAGAAACUGGGCUGGGCGCGCUUCUUCAUCUUGAAGACCGUUGACCUUGGCUGGGUCGGGCGGAUGGCGCUCUUGGCCGUCCUGGCUGUGGUGGCUGCUGUUGUGCUACAGAAUUAUCUCCUUUGAGGACGUCCUGCUGCUUUCCAGACAACAAAUCGGUUGUUUCCUUGACCAUUUGGACCAGAGAGAAGAGAGACCAUUUCAACUACAAGUUUUUGCAUAAAUCAACAUUUGCAAGCGGCACUGGAAUAUAUCCGGUUUUGCCUUAAUACAUUUUACAUUUCAAUAAUGGUGUCAGAAGUUUCAUGUAGCUCACUGUAGAGAACAACUUAUUUUCAUAAAGGUAAUUAUUUAUUCCCAUUUAAGCUCUUACAUUUAUGUUCAGCAUUAUUAUGUGACCUUUUAACCUUUUAUUAGGUUUGCAUCCUUAACAUGUAAACAUACUCAAGAAUAUACAACACAGUGCAGAGCUUUUGCCAUGAAUGAUUGUACAUGAAGUAACACAAUGCCUAAAGCUACUGUAUGACUUACAGUAUGCCAGGUUUUUUCACUUUACUGUGAACAGUAACACUUUAACACACUUUAACACUUGUAGCAUUUACUAUCAGCACAAUGAAUGAUCACUGAAGGGCAGAAAAAACGAAGUUAGUAACUAUCCUGUAUUUUUUUUAUUGUAAUGAAGCAGUUUGUAUUGUCUAAUUUACCUACAGUUCAUUUUGAGUCCGUUCCACUUUGAUGAUGGAUUAGCCGUCAGCUUGACAUUCAUCCUGAAUGUACUUGAUCAUCUCUGCCCAGUGUAGGUCUGUUGUUAGUUUUGUCUUGUUUUAGUAUGUGAAGAUGAGACUUUAAUGUGUGAUCAGGGGUUUUGAAUUGUGUUUGAACCUACUACAACUUGUCAGAAUCCAACAGGAUCAUAUGAAGGAUCUUUUUAUUUCAAUAUCCUAAACACCAAAUGCCUCUAACAAAAGUAGUUGCCAAUUUUUUUUAAUAACACCAUUACAAUUUUAAGGAAUUUCUAAUUAAUAGAAUAAAUAUACAUAUUGGAUUAAUAUUGAAAUAAAUAUAUUUCUACUUGUA